AUUGGAAGUAGUUGUCUCAGUCCGAAGAUACCUUUUGUUCUCUGGACAAAUUGAAGAUUUCGUCUGCGACACCAAGUUAUUUUUUGCACCAAGGGUACUGGUUUUACUGCUGCAGUUGAAGUAUUUGUCCACAUUUCCAGUAUUCAAAUACUAAAUAGUGUCCGCCAUAUUCGAUCUCUAUGCACGUCUAGUGGACUUUCUUUACCACGAAAGGUUUAAUUGAUCCUGCAAACAUGGCGGGGGUGUACGACUCCGAUGAAGGAGACGAUGUAGAAGGUUUUAACAUUACAAACGAUGAUUUGAUGAACGAAUUCAAUCCAAAUCGUCCGAGAUUCCGACAAACGAAGGAAGAUUCCCUAUACGGUAUAUGGGCUGAUCAAGAAAAAAGCGGUUGGAGUAAAUUCAAGAAGAAAAGCAGUAAGUAUUCUGAACCUGUCAGUUUUGUAAGUGGUGGUCUUAAAGAUGAAGAUGGACCUCCUAUUCCUGAAGAUAAAAUGUCCCAGGAAGAUACUGAAGAAGUUAAAACAGAAGAAAGUAGUGGGUCGUUCAAAAAAUCAUCAAAAACAUUCCAAACUACGUCACAAAAGACUUCAAAAACAAAUGACAGCAGUGGAAGCUACAGUCUUGCUACAAAAGGGAAAAAAGAAAAGGUUGAUUCACAGUUUGCUAGUUUUGAACGACAUACAAGGGGGAUAGGUAUGAAGCUGCUGACAAAGAUGGGAUAUAAACAUGGGAAAGGUCUUGGCAAAGGCAACCAAGGAAUCAUAAAUCCUAUCGAAGCGCUCAAAAGAACAAAGAAAGCUGGUCUUGGAGCUGCAGGCACAGAAAGAACAAAACAAUCUUACAUUCAUUUCCCAAUGCAAGAUUCAGAGGGAGAAGAAGAAGAAGAGUUUAAGUCGGAAUUAGCCCAAUGGCGAAAAGGUUCUGAACCAAAGACAAAGAAACCAAAAUACAAAUACAAAACAGUGGAAGAGCUGACUAAAUCUGGGAAAUCAGUGAAAAAGAAAAAAGAUUCUCCAGAAAGGGGGCAGUCUAUUCCUAACCAUGUAGCUAAUGUUAAAGUCAUUGAUAUGACAGGGAAGGAAAAGAAAGUAUUCACAGGUUAUCAUGCAAUUGCUGGAAGAGUAGCCACUGGAUCGGAUGUUGAGAGUAUAGACGAAGAUGAAUAUGAGGAGGAAAUGAGGAAACGAGAUAUCUUCUCAUGUCCGGAACUUCUUCAUAAUCUCGAUACGCUCAUUGAAGACACAGAGCAGAAAAUUUUACUCGCGGAUCGUCAGAAACGUUAUGAAAGCGAUCGUUCUGUGAGUCUUGAACAUCAGAAGACUAAACUUCAAGAAACUUUAACAAAAGAAGAAGCAGAAAUUAAUAGAAUUGAGACUGUCCUACGUACAAUAUCUCAAUGUGAGGAAAGGUUAAAAUUAGAUGAAAAUUGUGAGAUUCUGCUCAACCAUUUCGCUGAAGUGUUCGCUGAAUUACAAGAGAAAUAUUUUGCUGAAUAUCGAAUGUUUGAACUUUCUGACCUUGCUUCUGUGAUGGUUUACCCGUUAAUAACAAAGUACCUUGCAAAUUGGAAUCCACUUAACAAGCCAACAUAUGGAAUAAAUGAAAUGAAAAGAUGGAAAUUACUUUUGGAACUUGACAAAUCUUCAUUUUCUAUGCAGGUUCUUAACCUUAACGCAAAUGUAUCUGAAGAGACUGACGUAUACCAACACAUGAUGUGGGACGUAUGGAUGCCACAUGUCAGGUCUUCCAUCUUAUCAUGGGAUCCUCAUGAUGCAGAUCCAGUCCUUAACCUCAUAGAGAGUUGGAUGCCACUCCUCCCAACCUGGAUGAUGGAAAACCUCCUUACUCAACUGGUGCUUCCACAACUACAGAAAGAGGUGGAUUGUUGGAAUCCACUUACAGAUCCCAUUCCCUUACAUUCCUGGAUCCAUCCUUGGCUGCCACAUAUGCAGGAACGACUUGAACCAUUAUACGGCCCUAUUCGUCAUAAACUGUCCCUUGCAUUACAAAUGUGGCAUCCACGUGAUCCGUCUGCAAGAAUCAUACUUGAGCCAUGGCACAAAGUAUUUUCAAGGGGAAGUUGGGACGCUUUUAUUAUUAAGACAAUUCUACCCAAACUUGCCAAAUGCAUGGAAGAAUUUAUAGUUGAUCCCCGUAAGCAAGAUCUAAGUGACAUGGAAUGUGUUUUAUCAUGGAAGAACCUUGUACCCACUGCCAGUAUGGUUGGAAUACUUGAGAAACAUUUCUUUAACAAAUGGUUGAAGGCAUUGAGUGCUUGGCUAAAUGGUUCACCUGAUUUUGAUGAAGUCACACAAUGGUAUCUUGGAUGGAAAUCAGUUUUCCCGGAGCCAAUUAUUUCCAAUUCAUUUGUGAAGGAUCGAUUAAAACAAGCAUUAGAGAUGAUGAACAGAGCAGCAAGUGGUCAACAUAGGAACCAUGAUUAUCAUCAUGAAACAUAUGAACAACAAGACACAACUCCAGCCCCUCCUCCCAAGAUUGCGGCUUCCUCCGCCUCUUAUUCCACCAUCCCAUCCAGUUUCAAGGAUCUUAUUCAAAAAAGAGCAGAGGAAAGAGGUCUUCUAUUCCUCCAACUUCCGAGGAGUAGAGAUGGGCAAACUCUUUAUAAACUUGGAGGAAAUACUAUUUAUAUCGAUAAACAAGUUGUAUUCAUGAAAAUGGAAAAUACUUUUAUUCCUGUUUCGUUGCAAGAACUGUUCGACAAAUACUAAGAAUCCGUUGGGGUUUCAUGAAGAGUUUUGCUGCCAAGUUAUAGUGAUAAGAAGAGGACCUGUUAUUAGAACCUACGUUUUAAAGACUGGGCUCUAAUAUAGAUAUAUAAACAAGCAAAGGCCAUACAAGUUUUACUAUCAUGCCAACUUCAUGUUACAAAUUGGUUGUUUUUCAAUAUGUCUUUAAUUGAAAAUAAAGUCACUUAGACUGUUUAA